AUGGCGGCCCCCAUAAAUAAUCAGUCCAUUAAAACUUUUACUGGGCUUUGUAUGAAUGUGAACAAUAUGAUAGGAAGUGGAAUAUUUUCUACAUCUGGUCUUAUUUGGUAUUUAACUGGAAGUGGUGGAAUGACCUUAUGUUUAUACAUAAUAGGGUUUUUAUUUUCCCUGAUGGGAAGUUUUAUAUAUGUCGAGCUCGGUAGUAACAUACCCGAGUCAGGUGGUGAACAACGCUAUCUAGAAAGAUCAUUCCCGAAUCCCAAUAGACUUAUCGGAUAUAUAUUUAGUUUCUGUACUAUUACCGGUGCCAUUGUAACCGAUGUUAUUAUUGCGUCGGAAUACAUAAUUUAUGCAAAGACCAACGACACUACCACUUUAAAUCCCGAAGGAUAUACUUUAACUUUAUUAAUUAUUUCCAUAAUUGGAUUGGCGGAAAUUACAAAAAAUCCUGGCAAGCUAACUUGGAAUGCUAUGUUUUCUGGAACAAAAGGAUUGGAUAAUUUUGGUAAUUACUGUAGCUCCAUGUUACAGGUGCUAUUUGCUUAUGAGGGAUGGAAUAACCUUAAUUAUUCUUUGAGUGAAAUGAAUGAUGCACCUAGAAGGCUUAAAAUUUCUAACCCAUUUAGCGUUGUUCUAGUAAGCAUAUUAUAUAUACUUGGCAUUCUUUCCUUUAUAACGAUAGUGGAUCAUGAUGAGGCACACAGAGGCACUUAUAAAGAGAUCAUGAGUGCAACAAUAGGUGAUGUCAUUGAUUUUAGACGCGGGCUUUCGAUUCUGAUUGCACUAUCUUCAAUUGGGGCUUCUGCUUCCAUGGUUUGGAGUGGUUCUAGGAUUAUUGCCUCCGCUGCCGAUAGCGAUUUCAUUCCCUACUUCUCUCCGCUCUUAAGAGAAUUUUUAAAUGGUCCAAAUAUCAUCAUAAGGAUCUUAGGAAAUCCCAAUGGAAAUAACGUAGACGGUCGUCAUGACGCUCCCAUUGUACUCAUAACUAUGACUCAGUAUUCAGCUCUCAUAUUCUUCGGCCUCAGUGCUUUGGGUUUGUUGGUCUUAAGGAACAGGAGACAACUUCGUAAUGACCUAUUUAAAGUUCCAGAAAUUAUAGUUUAUUUAUUUUUGGCAAUAACGGCAAUUAUCUGUAUCGGGGCUUUUGUGCCAGCGGAAACUGCCGAUUC